AUGUCGAUGCCGACUCUUGGCGGCAGGGUGGGCAGCAUCCGAAGCCCUCCACAGGUGGCGGCGGCGUCUCUAAGCUCCCGCCGAAGGAGGGAAAGGAGGGGAGCGGCGUCCAGCGUCGACGAGGAGGGGAGCGCAAGAGGAGAGGCAAAGAAGAGGAAGGGAGCGAUGGCUCACCAGCGACGAGGAGAAAGCGACGACGGCACCUCCCUCCCUAUGAAAAUGUUGAAAUAUUUUGCAAAGAAACCUAGGAGUUCAAUUGAAUCGUCUAGUGUUCCCGAUGAAGAGUCUACUCCUGCACCACAACCAUCACCACCUCCUCCUCUACAAAUUUUAUUUGAAAAUAUUGGAAAUCUGAGUCAUAAAGUAGAAAUUGUUGCUAAUCCUAGUUUACAAAAAUUGAUUGAAGAGUAUGAUAUUGGUGUUAGAGAUCAAGUUGCGACAGUUGUUGGAAUGAAUGCACUUGGAAAUAAUCAAAUGAUUGCCCCAAAAAUUCAAAAGCAACUAGUGAAUUCUUGUGCAGUUGAGACCACAAAUGCUAUUCUAGUUGAUCUUGGAGAUAGGUGGUUCACUUUACUACUUGAUGAGGCUCGUGAUUGUUCAGUGAAAGAGAAAAUGGCGGUUGUUAUUAGAUAUGUGAACAAACAUGGACAGUUGAUUGAACGAUUUAUGGUUGUAGUUCAUGUUGGAACAACUACAGCUUCUUGUUUGAAGGAGGCAAUCGACUCUUUAUUUGCUAAGUAUGGUUUUUCAGUGGCGAGAUUGAGGGGUCAAGGAUAUGAUGGUGCUUCAAAUAUGUCUGGAGAAUUUAUUGGCUUAAAGGCACUGAUAAUGAAAGAAAAUCCAUAUGUAUUAUAUGUUCAUUGUUUUGCUCAUCAACUCCAGCUAGUGAUUGUAGCUGUUGCUCAAGAAAAUCAAUAUAUUUGUGAUUUCAUGUGGAUUGUUGGUUCGGUUGUGAACACAUCUGCAUCAUCUUGCAAAAGGGCCGACAAACUUCGACAACUUGAACAUGACAGAAAAGUUAAACUUCUUGAAAGAGGAGAGAUUAGUUCUGGUAGAGGGCUAAACCAAGAAACUAGUCUAGCUAGACCUGGAGAUACACGAUGGGGGUCACAUCAUUCAACUUUAUGUCGUAUUGAACAAAUGUGGCCAUAUGUUAUAAAGGUUCUUCAAAAUUUGAUUGAUGAUGUCGAUCGUUCUUCUAAGGGUUUAAGUAGAACUUUGGUUGAAAGAAUGGAGAGGUAUGAAUUUGUGUUUAUUCUACGAUUGAUGAAACAUAUAUUGGCAAUCACAAAUCAUUUGUCAACUGUUCUACAAGAGAAAGAUCAAAAUAUUGCGAAUGCGAUGUGUUUGAUCAAUAAUGUGAAUGGCAAAUUGUAA